UUCCACUUUCGCAGCGGUGCAAUGCAAUCCCUUGCCUUUCUGCUUUUAUUUGCUUUGCCAUUCUCCAUGUCGGCUGCUGUCUCUGCCCCUUAACUCCCAGCGAUGGAGUUGGGGUGGUGGAAUCAGACAUGAUCUCUCUCUCUCUCUCUCUCUGGUCUUAUAAGCUCUUUUAGUUUGGUGGGUGGGCACCCAAAAGCUUGUCCAUCCUUUUUCUUUUUUGGUUAGGUCCCUUUCUUGGGUUUCUGCUGAAGAAAGAAAGUUAUUGUGAUUGCUGCUACCUCUCUAUAUCUUUUUUCUUUGCCUUGUUUUCCUUUGUGGGCGUAGCAAUUUGGGUUUCAUGGAAAUUGAUCUCAACCAUGCACAGGAAGAUGGUGAGACCGCAUUUUGCUAUGGGUGCUGCCACAAGUGUUCUAGUAGCUUCUGCUCUUGUUCUGUUUCUGCUGCUGAUGCUGAUGCAUCUUCGCCCAUUUAUCUGGAGCUGUGGCAUGCUUGUGCUGGCCCUCUCAUUUCUCUGCCCAGGAAAGGUAGUGUGGUUGUCUACUUCCCACAAGGUCACUUGGAGCAGGCCGCUGCUGCUACUUCCUCUUCUUUGCCUUACCAGUGCUUCGAGAUGCCUACCUAUGGCCUGCCCCCUCAAAUUUUCUGUAGGGUUGUCAAUGUCCAGCUGCAUGCUGAUAAGGAGACUGAUGAGGUAUAUGCACAGGUCACCCUAUUUCCUGAGCCAGAGUUGAGAAAGAGGAGCUUAGACGGCAAAGAAGAGCAAGAGGAGGAUGAGGAUGAUGAGGAAGGAGUAGAUUUAAUGACCAAAUCAACCCCUCACAUGUUCUGUAAGACGCUUACUGCCUCUGAUACUAGUACUCAUGGUGGGUUCUCUGUUCCUCGUAGAGCUGCCGAGGACUGCUUCCCAUCCCUAGAUUAUAAUCUGUUAAGGCCUUCUCAAGAGCUUGUUGCCAAGGACUUACACGGAGUAGAAUGGAGGUUUCGGCAUAUUUAUAGAGGCCAGCCACGCCGGCAUCUACUUACUACUGGAUGGAGUACUUUUGUAAACCAAAAGAAUCUUGUUUCAGGGGAUGCCGUGCUCUUUCUAAGGGGUGAAAAUGGGGAGCUGAGUCUGGGGAUUAGAAGAGCUGGUCGGUCUCGAAAUGGUGUUCCUUGUUCAAUCAUUAGCAGUCAAGACAUGCAUCUAAGCAUUCUUUCUUCGGCAGCUAAUUCUAUAUCCACAAGGAGCAUAUUUCACAUCUUCUAUAACCCAAGGGCAAGCCCUGCAGAAUUUGUCAUACCUUACAGGAAAUAUGUUAAAAGCAUCAACCAUCCAGUAUCUAUUGGAAUGAGGUUCAAAAUGAGGUUUGAAAUGGAAGAUGCAGUUGACAGGAGGUACAAUGGAGUGAUAACUGGAAUAGGAGAUACGGAUCCUCUUAGAUGGCCUGAUUCAAAAUGGAGAUGCUUGAUGGUCAGAUGGGAUGAAGACAUUGUGAGUGCACAACAAGAAAGAGUUUCUCCAUGGGAGAUAGAGCCAUCCGUUUCUUUACCAGCUUUUAGCGUUCCAUGUGGCCCACGGUUGAAGAAAUUACGGGCAAGUUUGAAUUCUACCUCAGCAGAUGCCCCUAUUUCUGUUGGAGCAGGCGAAGGAAGUUAUUUCGACUUUGGGGAAUCUAUGAAGUCCUCUAAGGUCUUGCAAGGUCAAGAAAAUGUAAGUUCCAGAUCACCUUACAAUGGCGUUUAUCAAACAAACCAACAUCUCAAGAUGUGGAAUCCAGCAUAUGGAAGGAUUGGAUCGUCAUGCAUGUUGGAGACCUGCAUUAACAAUGAGUCUUUGCUGGUGCAAUCUGCUGCUCAUAGUAAUAGUAUAGGCUUUGGGGGAUCAAAGAGAUUCCAGAAGGUCUUGCAAGGUCAAGAAAUAUUCAGUUUUCCAUUCCUUGGUAGAAUAACCGAGUUCAAUCAUAAUGCUUGGGAGAAAAGCAGUCUUCGUUGCAGUAUAUUUAAUGUGUCACAGAGGCCCAAUUUAUACCCAUAUGUAUCAGAGGGCACAUAUCCAUACUUGAGAAAUCAUUUGAAUACCAUGCCAGUCAAUGAAUUACAUGGAGCAAACUGUGUUCCUCCGAUGCAACCAUUAAUGGCCGAUCUCCCUAGAGAUGGAGGAGUUACCAAUCUGUCCUGUGCCUGGACUACUGAUGAUUUGAGGGCUGAUGAAGGUGACCACUACCUUGGUACCCAGGAACCAACAAAUGUUCAGAACCCACUAGUUGCUGCAAUGACUCAAGAGAGAAAUUGGAGGAAUGCCCAUGAUGAAACUAAAACUGGCUGUAAACUCUUUGGGUUUUCCUUGACAGGGGAAAAUCCUGUUCCAGACAUGCAGGUUGGCUCUGAUCAGAGGAGUUGCACUAAGGUUCAUAAGCAAGGGAUCUUGGUUGGGAGAGCAAUUGACCUCUCAAAACUACAUGGAUAUGAUGAUCUGAUGAUUGAACUGGAGAGGCUAUUUAAUAUGGAAGGCUUGCUAUGCGACCCUGAGAAAGGAUGGCAGGUUGUUUACACGGACAGCGAACAUGAUAUGAUGCUCGUCGGAGAUGAUCCUUGGCAUGAAUUUUGUGAAAUUGUUAGCAAGAUCCUCAUAUACUCAAAUGAAGAAGUGGAGAAGAUGACUGUUGGAAUGAUCAGCGAUGAAUCUCAAAGCUGCCUUGAAGAAGCACCGGUGGUCAUUGACCUCCCAAAAUCGUCAUCAGUUGGACCCUAGGAUUCUUCUCCAACAGAAAUGAGAAGUUAAAAUUCUAUUGUUGUUAUGGUGAUUAAAUAUUACAUCCUGUAUCGACUUGAAGUGGUUUUCGACUUCCCUUCUUAGAGAUGGACCAUGGGUGUAUUGGUUUCGCAAUGAAUUGGAUUGACUAUUAUAAUUUCAUGAACUAUUGUAUGGGGGGUUUAUAUCCAUCUGACCUUGGAAAUUUCUCUCGUGAAAUAAAUACAGGAUUUCCAUAA